AUGGGAUGUACACUAUCUAAGGAGGAGCGAGACGCCUUAGAGCAGAGUCGUAAUAUCGACAAAAAGCUUAAAGAGGAUGGAAUGCAGGCAGCGAAGGAUGUUAAACUCCUCCUCCUCGGCGCCGGCGAAUCGGGCAAAAGCACUAUUGUGAAACAAAUGAAAAUCAUCCACGAAGGCGGUUUCACCCAGGAGGACAACAAACAGCACAAGCCUGUCGUCUACAGCAACACAAUUCAAUCCAUGGCUGCCAUUCUUCGGGCAAUGAACACCCUCGGCAUUGCCUUUGGUGAUCCCGUCCAGUGCCCCGAGGACGCACGGGUGGUGAGUGAUGUGAUUCAGGCAAUGCAAGACACCGAACCCUUCUCUGAGGAACUCCUGGAGGCCAUGAAACGGUUGUGGGCGGACCCCGGCGUUCAGCAGUGUUUUGUGCGAUCCAAUGAAUACCAACUCAACGACUCCGCAAAAUAUUUCCUAGAUGAUCUGGAUCGAUUGGGUGCCAAAGAUUAUCGACCCACUGAGCAGGAUAUCCUGCGAACACGAGUCAAAACGACCGGGAUUGUAGAAGUACACUUUCAGUUCAAAAACAUGAACUUCAAACUUUUCGAUGUUGGUGGACAGCGCUCUGAGCGGAAGAAGUGGAUCCACUGUUUCGAGGAUGUUACCGCGAUCAUUUUCUGCGUCGCCAUGAGCGAGUACGAUCAGUGGCAUUUGUCAAAGGUGCACAAACUUGGCAGUGGGAAGCAGACCUACGAGGAGGCCGCGAUCUACAUUCAGGCGUCGUUUGAAGCGAAGAACCGGUCGCAGAACAAGGAGAUUUACUGUCACCAGACGUGUGCAACCGACACGAAUAAUAUUCAAUUUGUGUUUGACGCCGUGACCGAUGUGAUCAUCGCCAACAACCUGAGGGAAAUGGGUUGUCUUUUGUCGAAGGAAGACCGCGAGGCUCUGGAACAGAGUCGAAAUAUUGACAAAAAACUCAAGGAGGAUGGUAUCCAGGCCGCUAAAGACGUUAAACUCCUCCUCCUGGGGGCUGGUGAAUCCGGCAAGAGUACGAUUGUGAAACAAAUGAGGAUAAUUCACGAGGGAGGCUUCACCCAGGAGGACAACAAACAGUUCAAACCGGUGGUCUACAGCAAUACAAUCCAAUCGAUCGCUGCCAUUCUUCGUGCAAUGAACACCCUUGGCAUCGCCUUUGACAAUCCGAAGCAGGGUGCUGAGGAUGCGCGUAUGGUGAACGAGGUUAUCCAAUCAAUUCAUGACACCGAGCCCUUCUCCUUUGAACUUCUACAAGCCAUGAAGCGAUUGUGGGCCGAUCCCGGCGUCCAGCAGUGUUUCCAACGCUCCAACGAAUACCAGCUCAACGACUCUGCUAAAUAUUUCCUCGACGACCUGGAUAGAUUGGGCGCGAAGGACUAUCAGCCGUCAGAGCAGGACAUCUUGCGAACUCGUGUCAAGACCACCGGGAUUGUCGAAGUGCACUUCCAGUUCAAGAAUAUGAACUUCAAACUCUUCGACGUCGGUGGACAGCGCUCUGAGCGGAAGAAGUGGAUCCACUGUUUCGAGGAUGUCACCGCGAUCAUUUUCUGCGUCGCCAUGAGUGAGUACGAUCAGGUGUUGCACGAGGACGAGACCACGAACCGCAUGCAGGAGUCCCUCAAACUCUUCGACUCCAUCUGCAACAACAAGUGGUUCACCGACACCAGCAUUAUCCUCUUCCUCAACAAGAAGGACCUGUUCGCCGAGAAGAUUAAACGGUCACCGCUUACCGUCUGCUUCCCCGAAUACCCAGGUAUGAAUCCAAUGUGGUCGCAUCCUCAUACAUUUUGUGUGUGUUGCGUGCCAAAGCAUGAUGUGUGGAGCGUUUGUGUGAGCCUUGGCGGUGCCGCGCACACUGUUCAAGCUUGCCCUGCCCCCGAAUGGCGAUGUCUUUGGUCCUGCAGCGGUCGUUAUUUCCUGCUCAAUGAGAAGUGUCCCCCACCCUUAAUCCUCUCUGCGCCCCUGGUGUUUAGCGGGACUUCGCGCAAGGUGGAGCAGAUGGACGCCAGCCUUGCCUCACUCAUUUACACCGAGGCCUGGAGAAGCCUCUUUCGUGGAAUUUUAGCACUUUUUUUGAAAGCGGACCUCGAGUGA